AUGUGUCACGAUGACACCACUUUAAAUUGUGUCAAUGAUGUGAUCAACGGCUCUAUUGAGGUAGGAGUGCUCUCUACAGUACCCAGAAAGAAAUUUACGUUCAAAGUUUUUGUAAUGAGCGAUUUGGAUGACGGAUUUUCUGGAUUUUCCGUCGUGCGAGGCCAAAAUUUUUUGACCUACUGUAAGUCGUACUCCUAGCCAUAUACAGCCGUUUUUUAUACCACUGGUACAUUUUAAAAUGGUGUCAUCGUGACAUAUUUACUGGACACACAAGGAUUUAUAUACAAGUCCCUAUUAAUAUAUAUAUGUAGGUUCAUUAUAGCCUAAAAUAGUGUACUGUGGUUUUCGCAAUUGUUUGUUAGAGGCAGGUUUCGUUCAACAGGACUUUGUUGUACAAGGUGGGCCAAAAAGUCGGGAUAAAAAUCAAUUCCACAGAGCUUCUUCCGUGCGCCCUGAGAAUCAUACCUUUUUGCAUGUUCAGCAAAGGUUUCAGUCGGCGUUCUAUGCAGCAACAGCAAUGCCAUGGUUAGGGCCUAUGCUCAGCCUGCGCUGCAAUGCUUGUAUCAACGUGUCCCAUAA